CUCGUCCUCCGUCCCCUCCCCUCCUGCGCCCCCUGUCCCGCUCGCGUCGCUGCCACACCUCCGCCCCUUUUCCCGUCCGGCCAUACCCCCGGGGGGAAGCAGUUGCCUCCUCGUUUCUUCACUGCCUUCGGACUCCGCGUCCUUCCUUUUUUUCUUUUUUUUUUUGCCCCGCCUCUGCCCUGCUCCCUGGUGAUGUCGUCCCCCCUGGUGGAAUCAAACCUCGGCGAUGCCAGGCUCGAUAUUGCCUGGAUGCCAAGCGCCAGCCAGCUGGCCGAGCUGACCGCCCGCAACCCCAAGGCCCAGCAACGCAUGCAACGCCAGGCCCUGGCCGAGUUCACGGACCCCGGCCGGGCGGGGCCGGCCGGCCCACCGGCUGCCGCCUGCCCGCCGGCUGGCAUCUUGCCUGCCUUUGACCGGUACUACCUGGGUACCGACCUGGCCACCGGGGUGGGCUGCCUGCGCGAGCGGCCCGCCACCAGCGGCCCGCACGCCUCCCUGGAAAAGGUCCACGCCAGUGACUGUGAUUGCGCCUUUCACUGCUUCUCCGGGCACUCGGCCUGGCGGGCCAUGUCCGCGUACUAUGCACGGCCAUCGAGCCCUGCGAGCCCCGUCCCGGCGAUCUCGGCCCCGGGGAUGUCCAUCAACGCCGGUGGCGGGAUGGAUUUCAAUAACCUGCUCACCGAGGGGCCCGGCUACUCCAGUAGCCUGAGCUCCUCCUCCUUCUUGGGCCUGGGGAAUCCCCUGUUCCGGUCGUCGUACACCUCGCAGUCGCUCCUGACGACGUAUCAGCCUCUUCACUCGCCCGGGUCGUCGAUCCUACCGAUGCACUCCUCGGCCUACAUUGCCUCGCUGCAGUAUCAGCAGCAGCAUUCGCCGCAAAUGCCCCAGGCACCGGCGCCCCUGACGCGCGUGGCUCCCCCAAAUGACGGGCACUUCGAGCUCUCAACCUCGCUGGAGUCCACCUCGUCCCUGAGUGAGGCGCCUUUCGGUGGGCCGGGCGCCGGGCCCGGUGUCGGCACCGGGGGGCCCAAUGUGCCGCCCUCCUCGGUCCCUGCCACAUCGACCUCUCAGGUGACCGAGGCCUUCUUGGGAUCGGACUUCAUCCUGAUCUCGGAAUUCGACGAACUCCAGGGCCCGCUUCCGAUGUGCACCCUGCCGGAACGCAUGGCCGCCGUGGACCGCCGCAUUGCAGCCACGCUCAAUUCCUUUGUCGUGCGCAUCAUGGCCGUGGACUACCAAACCAAGACGAAGUACAACGACAGUGUAUAUAUGCCGGAUGAUACGCAUGUCUUCCUGAUCGAUGAGCAGGACCUCAUUCCCGGGCAGUCGAUGGUGCCGGUGUUUUCCUCGAAUGCCUCACCGGCCGGUGUGUCCACCGGGGAUCACAAUGGGCCCGGCUAUCCGCUGUCGGCCGGCAGCGAUGGCGAUUUUGACAUCGUCGAUGAGGGGCAGACGGUCAAGUACUAUGCGUAUGUACACAACUUUUCCCUGAACGACUUGCAGGCGCGCGGCUACGUUCGGCCACUCUGCUUUUCAUAUGUGGCCACCAUGGAGCCCACCAAAAUGAUGACCUUCUUCGAUGAGUUCGUGGCUCUCUUUACCCAGAUUGCCACCCCCUUGAAGGACAUCAACCGGCGCAUCUUCCUUCGGGAUCUGUACUCGCGCAACGCCGAUUUGGAAUUCACCAAAAGUCUCUGGACGGAUCCUUCGCCGGAAUCAGCCGCUCGAUUGGCCUACGAGCUGGGCCGUGUCAGUGAUGAGGACGGCUUGGAGCUCAUUGGUCCGGAGAACAUCGAUUCCCUGCUGGAGGAGUCCCGUGAGAUGAUUCGCAUGGUCCGGCGUCGGAUCCACGAGGAGACGUAUGGCCCGCAGCCGGUGGAUGCCACGCCGGCCGAGCUGUCCGGUCCGGCGGAUGCCUUUCCCCCCUGCGGGCAUACGCCCACCUUCAUGCGGCACCUGUACAAGCUGUCGCGCUUCGAAACCCACCUCCGGUCUAUCGACGAGCUUACCAGCGUGGACACUCUGUUCCCCGGGUGCGGCACGUGCGGGUGCUUCAGCUGUGCCUCGCAGGGCCGCGGCGGUCCUGAAUCCGAUGCCCACUUCUCGGAGGGCGCCCCAUCCACCGGCUCGGCAUCGACCGCCGGGGCCAGCGAAUUCCGCGUGGCCUUUGAGAAGCUCCGCACCCUGAUUCGGUCCUUCAACAAACCGUCCUACCUCCUGCAGCUGGAGCGCGAGGAGCUGGAGGACACCUCCGAGUGGGAUGCCUUCGACCUGGGCGCCGGCCCGAGAAUGGACCUCGACCUUGGGGCCGCCGGGACCACGCCCCCGCGCCACCCUCUCGGCACGCAUCUCCUCUUCGGCGAUGCGGCCUUCGGGGGGCUGACAUUCGGCGAUCAAGUGGCCGCAUCUCCGGGAGGUUUGCCGGUGGCGCUUUCUCGCCGCCCCCCCUCUGCCCCGGUGACUGUGCCCCAAUCCGCGCCGGGGACCAAUCCGGCGCUGGCUUUCCUCAGCCGUCUGGAUUCCUCCUCGAAUGUCUUAUGGCCGCAGCUGCUUGCCGACAAGUAUUCCCAUCUCCAGAAGGACCCGGGUGCCAAAGCCCCGCCCCCUUUGCAAUUCCUCGAGCAGCAGCCGGCCUUUGCGGCGCGGCUGCUCUUCAGCAUCUUCACCGGGCGUCCGGUGAUUGUGGUUGCCGAUCCCUUGGCUAAGGACACCGCGCUGCAGAUUGUGGCCGCCCUACAACAGCUGCUGCCACAGAGCAGCUUCGCCCCGCCAGGUGUCCGGCCUUGGGUUGAUUCGGCCGAGGAGGCCUCGUUGACGCUCCUGUCUCUGGCUCGCAUCAAGCUUAUGGGCGUGUCCAAUCGGGUCAUCAUUCCAGUGACCAUCACUCCCUACGUGACCGUGCUGAACAUCGACAAGUACACCGUGGCUGGGCCGCUGUACUUUGGAGCGCUGUUGGACCCGCGCCAGGUCCAGCGCAUCGUCAAGAGCCCCCCGGCCGAGCUGCAGAUCCAAUCGCAGAUCCUCUUGACCGAGUUGUCGCGGAAGGCCUUCGUCUACUUCCAGGCCCUGGUGCUGGGCUUCGAGUUCGAGCCCCUGCCGACGGAGCCCCAGGCGACCCUAUGCUCGCAGAAGUACUACCCCGGCAUGGGGAGCCCCGGCGGCGGCCGGAUGGGGUCCCUCCGUCCGGUUCCAGGUCGGCAAGGCCAGUCGAUCGUGUCGUCGAUCAAUCUCCUCCGGGAGUUCUCCUCGCGCCUGGCCCUUUCCCCGUGUGACGUGGCCAUGGUCCAGCACCUUGCGGAGCUGAUUCGCGGCGACCACUUGGCCGAACUGCGAGCGACGGCCGCCGCGGCAGCGGCGGCGGCGGCGGCUGCUGCUGCUGCUGCUGCCGCUGUGCCGGGGCCAGCCGACCUGGCUCCCGGACUGGGUGCCUCCGCGGGCCGGACGGUGCCACCGCGGCCGGCCAUUUGCGCCUGCCCAGGGUCUCUGGUGCCGCUGAUGCCGCUGCGGAAGUGUGCGUCCGCUGUCCCGGACCGGCCGGCACUGGCGCCGAUCGACACGUCGCUCGCUGCCUUUGCCCGGCAUCCGCCGGGGCCAUCGGCACCGGGGCCGGGGCCCGCUCGAGCCCGGCGCCGCGUGGCCCCGACCUCGGCCACCGCGUUGGUGGUGCCCCCUCCGGGCGUGUACCACCCCACGGCAGGCGACACAUACCGGACCUUCACAUGCACCGGGCUGUGUGCCCUGGGGGCAUGGUCGCGGCAGCCGCCGCGACUGGCGGUCGCCAGUGGGGCCAACGCGCCGGCGAUGCCUUCGGCCGGUCGCCAGGCGUCUGGCCUGGCGGCACAGCCCCGGCCAUCGCGCUUGACCAGCAUCCUCCAAACGGAGGACCCAUCGGCCACGGGCGGCGCCCCCUGGCCACGUGCGCGCUCCAGCAGUUCCUACACCCAGUCCUAUUUGCCGGCCGGGGCGGAGUCGGUGGCUCCCUCGGCCAUGCACCUGGAGGUCCGGGCGCGGCCCUUUGUCUUGAGUCAUCUGCGAUCGGCUGGCGGUGGGCGCCCGGGCACGGCCGGCGCCAGUGCCGGGGGUGCCUCGGCUGCCGGUGUGCACCAUUCCGGGGACCGGUCGUCGGACGAUGGCAGUGCCAUGGCUGCCGGGGCCCGGUCGCACCCGAUGUCCAUUGCCGGGGCGGGCGCCAGCGGUGGCAGUGGCGCCGGCGGGUAUGCGCAUGGUGGCGGAUCGGCAUCCUCCUCGUCACUCGGGGGGCCGGGCGAUCCGGCCGGCGAAGAUGGAGCCUCGCCCUCAUCGGGCGGGUCCGGUGCCGGGUCAUCCUGGCUCUCCUUCAUCUGGGGGAGUUCCAGUGGCGGUGGCCGGGGGAAGUGACUUCUCGCCUCUGUGUAAUGGACAAAGUGUGUCUCGGCUGCG